GCCUGCUGCGCCUCAGCCAGGUGGCGCAGCUGGCCAUGCAGCGCCACCGCUCGGUCGUCUGGCUGAGCUGCGCCACGGCGCUCGUCUGUGACGUCGCGCUGGGCGUGGGUCUCACGCGGCUCGUGCGCCACCAUCUGGACUCGGCGGCGCUCCACCGCACCGUCACAGACACCACGACUGAGGUGAUGUGGCAGCUGCAGAGCCUGCUCCACUGGAUGAUGGGCGCGCCAGGCGGUCUCAAGCUCAACACUCCGCUCACCACCGCCCUGGGCACCUUCUUCCUGUACCAAGUGCAGCUGUGGGGCGCCUUCAUUACGUUCAUCACCCCUACUAUGGUCACCGGCAUACAGCUGCUGCUGCCUAUGGGGUAUUUGGGCGCGUCCUUCUUGUUCAGUCUUCUGGGGGAUAUCUUGUCGUUGGCGACGUUCCACGUGUACUGCAUUUACGUGUGCGCCACAAAGGUGUACCAACUGGAGGUCACAUGGCUGGUGCGGCUCUGGCGUCUGUUCCGUGGCCGCCGCUGGAACCCGGAGAAGCAGCGCGUGGAGACAUGGCCUUACACCAUCGAGCAGCUGUUCCUCGGCACGCUCUGCUUCACCAUCCUCCUCUUCCUCUUCCCCACGAUACUUCUCUAUUACUUCGUCUUCGUGCUGUUGCGACUGGCCGUGCUGGCCGCCGUCGGCUCGCUGACGCUGCUCACCCACCUCAUCAACGUCAACCCGACGUUUGUGGUGGUCAGCUGGCUGGCCGGCGCCAAGAGCGUCGCGGGCAGCCUGCUGGUGACCGUGCUGCGGGAGGAUCCUCGCUCCAUGGUGACGCGCGUGCAGGUGACGACAGCGCCGCUGCGGCCGACGCUGCGCUGGUUCUGGUGCCCGGUCGACCCAGGCCUGCGCGCCGUCGGCCGGUCGCAGCUGCUGGAGGCGCUGCUGCGGGGCCAGCUCGUCUGGCUGAUGUAG